UCAGAGAAAUGCAAUUGCCAUUAAAUUGGGGUUACAUUGCCGACCCAAUUGUCUCUGCAAACAGUGCUAUCCCCAAUUAAUACGCCAUUAAUGGAACAUCAUCAAAUCCUUCAUUGCCCACCGCUGUUUCCAGCACACAUAUGCGCGAUUUAGGGUCGACUUUGGUGUUCUGAUUCAAUACUAGAACAACUUUUGAUUGUAUUUAAAGGGAAAAGGUAUCUCAUGAUCGUUGAUCUGAUUUGAUUUGAUUUCAAGAUGAAGGCUUUUGGAUUAUGGGUUUUGUUUUUGGUGUUUGCAACAGCUUUAAUCAGCUUAUGUUUUCCGUCAUUUUCUGAAGCAAGCAUGAACCUACACAAGGGCAUGAAACUUAAGGAGGAUAUGAAUCUUGAUGAUGAAAGCAACAUAGAUUUGUUGGAUUAUCACAAGAUCAAUCCUGUUCCAAGUUCAAAGGCCUCAAUAAGGCCAGGACCUAUUCAACAUGGGACUCCUCUUAUGCCUUUCAUCCCCAAGGAUCCACCUCCUGGACCCGAUCAUGGCAAUGAUGCUGAUCAUGUAGUGUUUCCUUAGAAUAUUUCUUGUAAAAGUAUGGAGACUUGUGGUCGAUAAGGUAGGUGUAUGUACUUUGAUGAUUUCAAUUAUUAUAUGUGUUUAAAGUUUAAACAUGUCCAUUUUCUGUAUGUAAAGAAGUUCUAAAUGUAUUGUCAUACAAUUAAUCCAUUCCAUGUAGAUUGGAGCACAUUAGGUUUUGUAUCAAAGGGUCGUAGUUUGAUAAAUAUCUAUCAAAUCAUUGUUUUGGUUGA